AUGCUCUCAGCAUUUACAGCGCGGCCGAUCAUAGAGCUAAAGCAGCGGGAUAAGUCCAAGAUUGAGACAAUCCUCGCGCAUGGCGACCGCGUCUUCGUCGGCCUCAACAGCGGUGCCCUCCGCAUUUACCGCCUAAACGAGCUGCCCCCUCCGUCACCGACCCAAGCCAAUGGCUCCCAGCCCUCCGCGACGAGCCCACCGCCGGCAGCCAACAACAACAACCUCAACACCGCCCAACCGCCGCAGAAACCGACGGACCUGCUGCGUGAGAUAGAUAGAUUCUCGACCAGGGCGAUCGAACAGCUUGCUAUUCUCAAAGAAGCUACUACCAUCGUAUCGCUGUCCAACUACUACGUCUCGUUGCACGACCUGCAGACUUACGAGCCGAUCGAGCAGCUUCAACGAACGAAGAAUGCCACCUGCUUCGCCGUAACCUCAAACAUCGUGAAAGAUGCUGCUACUGGCAUACCGGAGAUCAUCAGCCGCAUGGCCGUUGCCGUCCGUCGGCGGCUGUUGCUAUGGAGCUGGCAGCAGAGCGAGCUUAGCCCCGACGUCGGCGAGAUCACCCUGCCGGAAUCAAUACGAACUAUAACGUGGGCCAGCGCGACGAAGAUUGUCUGCGGCAUGAACGCUGGCUAUGUCAUGGUCGAUGUUAUAAGUCAAGAGGUUGAGGAUAUCAUCAGCCCGGGCUCUGCAACGUCGGGUCAACAAGCCAGCCGCUUCGGAGCGGUCAGCAGCGCGGGUAUGGGAUACAUGGGUCUGGGAGGAUACAUGCCGAAACCCCUUGCGGCGAAGCUGUCCGAAGGCGAGCUACUGUUGGCCAAGGAUAUCAACUCGAUGUUUAUCACCGACGAAGGCAAACCGAUUGAGAAACGGCAGAUACCAUGGCAAGCGGCGCCGGAGCAGAUUGGAUAUUCUUAUCCCUACAUUUUAGCUCUGCAGGCACCCUCGAAAGGCUCGCUGGAAGUGAGGAAUCCAGAGACAUUGUCGCUGUUACAGACCAUCUCUCUCCCCGGUGCGGCGCAGCUUCACCUUCCACCACCCAAUCUCAGUCUGGCGCAUGCAGGCAAGGGAUUCCACAUUUCUAGCGAUCGAUGUGUGUGGAGGAUGGGUGCCGCCGAUUACGACUCGCAAAUUGACGAGCUGGUCGAAAAGGGCAAAUACGACGAGGCCAUCAGUAUUCUGAACAUGCUCGAAGAUGCUCUAUUGCGCAAUAAGACGGAGACUCUGCGGGAGGUGAAGAUGCUCAAAGCUGAGAUGCUCUUCAAACAGAAAAAGUACUACGACGCCAUGGAUUUGUUCAACGAAGAGGACGUGCACGCCCCGCCUGAGCGCGUACUGAAGCUCUUCCCGCCUUCGAUCGCGGGUGAGAUGUCCGGAUGGGCGCAUGGUGCUCAGGAGGAAUCGGGCAGUGACGAGAGAGAUGGCGAGGAAGAAGUCCAUGAAAAAACCAAUGGUGACAAGACAGUUAAGGACGAACCCAGCGAGAGCCCAGCUUCCCCAGCGAGGGGCGGUGGUGUUGGCUUUGCGAAGCUUUUCAUGGGACGAAAACAGGCACCCGCACCGCCGCAGUCGGACACGGCUUCCAUCAUAUCUAAGAGCAAUGCGUUGGACGUUGAAGAAACCGACAGCACCAAGGGAAGGCUGGCGGAAGACAAACCUCUUGAAGGCGACGAUCUUCUGGCAGCAGUCAGGACGCUGGCUGGUUACUUGGUUGGAACGAGAACACGCCUACAACGUGUGCUUGACCCCAGUACCGGCAAGCUGAAGCGAUCAAACACCAAUGGCUCGACCGAAGACGCGAUGAAGGGCUUCAUGUCACCAGUCCAUGGAGAGGAGACGGGAAGCCAACUGGAGGGAGAGCUGCUGAGAACUUCAAGGAUGGUUGACACGGCUUUGUUCAGAACAUAUAUGACGACCAGCCCUUCUCUGGCCGGAUCUCUCUUCCGACUGCCCAACUUUUGCGAUCCAGAUGUGGUAAAUGAAGCGCUUCUCGCUCAUAACAGAUACAAUGAGCUUGUGGACUUCUUCAGCGGCAAGAAGCUUCACUCUCAAGCGCUGGAGCUUCUCAAGCGCUUUGGAACCGCCGAGAAGCCCGACGAGACCGCCCCUGCUCUGCAUGGCCCCCAGCGGACGGUGAUGUAUCUUCAAAACCUGCCGCCGUCAGAGAUUGAUCUGAUUCUCCAGUACUCUGAAUGGGUAUUGAAGGCGGAUCCAAAGUUGGCCAUGGAGAUAUUCAUUGCUGACUCUGAGAACGCGGAGACCUUGCCCCGUGGCCGGGUAGCCCGCUUCUUGGGCGGCAUCAACCCUUCAUUGGAGGUCCAGUACUUGGAGCAUAUCAUCAACGAGCUAGAUGAUACGACCCCAGACUUCCACAACCGUCUAGCGGAGUUGUUCAUCAGACAGCUGAAGGAGAAGAAGAGGGAUGACGAGUGGGAUGCAGAAAUGGAACGCUUCGUUGCGUUCCUCAAAACAAGUGGGCAAUAUAGUCUUAGCAAGGCAUUUGGUCUCAUCCCGCGAGACGAUCCGGCCUUUUAUGAAGCUCAAGCUGUCGUGCUGAGUAACAUGGGUUCGCACAAGCAGGCAUUGGAAAUUUACGUUUUCAAAAUGAAGAAUUAUGCGAAGGCCGAAGAGUACUGCAACAUGGUGCACAAGUCAAAGGAGUCUGCGUCGUCGUCGCCAGACCGAUCACGGUCCCCGGAUCGAUCGCGGAGACCGUCGUCGGCCGGCGACGUUGAGGACUCGACACCAUCAAUCUACCACACACUACUCUCUUUGUACCUGACGCCGCCGCCACCUCACAAACCCGCCCAUGCGCCAGCACUCGAACUUCUCUCAAGGCACGGUUCACGUCUCCCAGCAGCCUCAACCCUCUCGCUGAUCCCCGAUGACCUUCCCGUCCGAGACCUUGAAUCCUACUUCCGAGGCAGGAUCAGGUCUGCCAACAGCGUGGUGAACGAGUCGCGCAUUGUUGCGCGGUUGCGAGACACGGAGCUGGUAUCUACGCAAGCCCUGUUGGUGCUCGGUGACGGAAUUCCUGGUGGGCAAGGCGGACGCAAUAGAAGAGUGGUGAUCACGGAGGAACGCCUCUGCGGUGUGUGCCACAAGAGGCUCGGUGGCAGCACCGUCAUUUCGGUAUUGCCCGAUAACAGCGUCGUCCAUUACGGCUGCUCGAACAAGACGGCGUCGCACAGGCCGCAGAGCUCGCGGGCGGGAAGUUGGGCUCGUAGGUUUUCGUAA